AUGUCUCUCCAGCAGUUUGAUGGUCUGGAGAUUCCAGCCCCUGCUGAUUUCCAUGUUCACCUUCGCGAUGGACCUAUGAUGGAGCUUGUCACACCUACUAUCAGACAAGGAGGUGUCAACACAGUUUUUGUCAUGCCCAACCUGGUACCCCCGAUCACCACUGUCCAGCACGCUUUGGACUACAAGAAGAGACUUGAAGUGAUUGAGCCAAACGUCAACUUCCUCAUGUCAUUGUACCUACACCCCGACAUCACACCCGAAGUGGUCAAGGAGGCUGCAUCAGCAGGUAUCACAGGCAUCAAGUCCUACCCAGCCGGCGUGACCACAAACAGCAGUGCUGGUGUCGUCAGCUAUGAGCCCUUCUAUCCUGUUUUCGAGGAGAUGGAGCGUCAAAACAUGGUUUUGAACUUGCACGGCGAAGUUCCCGGAUCCAAGGACAACAACAUUACCGUGUUGAGCGCCGAGGAGGCAUUCCUUCCCACCCUCAAGGACCUGCACAAGCGUUUCCCCAAGCUGAGAAUCAUUCUCGAACAUUGCACCACUGCGGCUGCUAUUGAGGCAGUCAAGUCUUGUGGUCCCACCGUGUCGGCUACUAUCACUGCUCACCAUCUCUUCUUGAUUGUCGAUGACUGGGCCGGUGAUCCGCACUCGUUCUGCAAGCCUGUGGCCAAGACACCCAAAGAUCGCGAGGCUUUGCUCAAGACGGCUGUGUCGGGCGACAAGAAGUUCUUCCUCGGCACCGACAGUGCUCCUCACCCAGCCAUCAACAAGCGCGGUGACAAGGUUGCAGCCGGUGUCUUCACUCAGCCCCACGCAGUUGGAUACGUGCUCUCUGCUCUGGAGCAGGGCAUCGAGCGCGGCGUCCUCAAGGUAGAAGAUGUCACCGAGGAGAAGCUUAAGGGCUUCCUUGGUUUGAAUGGCAGAAAAUUCUAUGGAGCCGAGGACAAAAAGGGCGAGAAGGUCGUGUUGAGAAAGGAUGGUGUCAAGGUGCAGAGCCUGCUGAAGAAUGCUGAUGGCAGCGUAGAGGUCGUUCCUUUCAGACGUGACCAGAAGACAUGGAGUGCCGAGUGGAAAUAA